AGGAGCGCCUGGCACGGCGGAGGGACCUGGCGCUGGUGGUGCUGGUGCUGGCGGGGCUCUGGGCGGCCGCCUGCGACCGGGCGCCCCGGGAGGCCUCUCUGCAUGAGCUGGUGCAUCGCCGCUACCGGAACACCACCCUUGAAAGAAGCGGCGGCGUGUUCGGGUUGUUCGGUAUGGCGGACAGCAGCUUCAACGGGUCCGUGGCCAAAGUGAGCUUCGUAAACCACUCCGCCUUUGCCUACGGCUCCGUGACACUGAAGGUCACAUACCCGGAUAAGAAGUCGGUCACCAAGAGCUAUGAGCACAGAUACCUCGGGCUCUUCUCCACCUGGCUCCCGCUGCCUUACCUGCCCCAGCCUGGCAGGAAGGCAGGCUACUACGGCAUGGGCGCCUGCAUGCUGGGGCGAUGUCUGUGCCUCCCCAAGAAGCCCUUUGCCUCUCUCCGCGCCUUGCUCCGAUCCGAUCCAAACGGGUCGUUGAAAAGCGAGUGCUGGCGCUUCGAGGGGGGGAAGUCGGCGGCGCUGAACGCCAUGGUGCUGCCGAACGCCGCGGUCUUCCUGCUCUGGCAGUUUCCGAAGUAUUGGUCCGCGCUUUCGGGCCACAGCACUCUUUCCAUAGCCAACUUGGCCAGGGGCCGCCUCUGGGUGCUGCUCGCGGCGCCGCUCUCGCACCGGAGUUGGGGUCAGAUCUUCCACCUGGGAGUUCUACUGGCCAACACCGUGGACUCCUUUGACAGCGCCAAGGUGUCCUUCUGGACCUUCGCUUUGCUCUACUGGGGCGGCGUGUGGUGUGCCUUCCUGGCGCGAGCGCUCUGGCACUGGAUCAUGGGGGACGUGAGCGCCAAGUUCCUCCAAGAGGCGGGCUGCAGCGGGGGGUUGGGCGCGCAGCUGGUCUUCUUAGCGCAGAUCCGGCCCUUGGCCAAGUACCAGUUUAGCCUUUACUUCAUGCCCAUGCCCAUCGAGCUGUCUGCCUGGCAAUCCGCGGCCGCCAACAUGGCGCUGGACUGCGUGGCGGGAGAUCUGCGGGCCAAACUGCUGCGCCAUGGGGCGGCGCUGGGCUGGGGGCUGCUGGUGGCCUACUGCUACCAGAAGCACUAGGUGGUCCAGGCACUGAUGAAGACAAAUCAUGGACCGGCUUCGAUUCGCUGCCAAAUCUGGCGAGCAGAGAUGUGAACGUCGGGCUCACUCAAGUUCAUGGACUUGAGUCACUUUUUGGGUUGGGAACAAUUUUGGUAACAAAAGGUUUGAAUUUGGACGUUUUCUCAGUGAGGAACUGAAGCUUCACUGGGCAACUUCAAGGUUGGGCCACCGUCGAAAAGGCA